GCCAUGGGCCUCCUGCAGGACAUGACCAAGAGGCUGCCAACCGCACAAGAGAGCCUGGAUAAGUUCGAUGACCUCUCGCGCCGGGCCGAGAAGGCAUCUCCGCGAUUGUCCUUCUUCCGUCGCCGGAUACGACUGAAGGGAUCCUCGUCCGUUUCCAUACCGCUGGGCCUGGUGCUCCUCUUCCCCUGUCUUGUAAUAAUCAUAAUCAUAAUUCUUUUCGUGAGGUCGCCAGACUCUCAGGGUAUUAUGAACAUGCCUGCGGGCACCCCACCCUCAAUACGAAAGAUCAGCGAAAAAUACGACAAGCCCUUCGCAGUGGGCUGUCUCGAGCCACAGGUCAACGGGCCCCGAGCAAACGCCGCAUUCGUAGUGCUGGCGAGGAACAAGGAGUUGGAGGGCGUCAUACAGUCAAUAAAGUCGAUUGAGAGACAUUUCAACCGAUGGUUUCACUACCCCUACGUCUUCCUCAACGACGGAGACUUCAAUGAGACCUUCCGCGAGGUUGUUCUGAAGCACGUCAGCGCUCCAGUAGAGUGGGGCAAGAUCCCGCCAGAGCAAUGGGGCUUUCCGGACUGGGUCGAUCCUGACGUUGCAAAGGAGGGCAUCGCGAAGCAGGGCGACCGAGCCAUCAUGUACGGCGGCAUGGAGAGCUAUCAUCACAUGUGUCGCUUUUACUCUGGCAAAUUCUACCAGCAUGAGCUACUCGCCAAGUACGAGUGGUAUUGGCGUCUCGAGCCGGAAAUCAAGUAUUUCUGCGACAUCACAUACGACCCAUUCAUCCACAUGAUUCGAAACAAGAAGACGUAUGGCUUUACUAUCGCUGUGAAAGAGCUGAGGGAAACGGUACCCAACAUCUGGAGAUAUGCGUCGGCAUACAAGCGCAACAACAACCUCACCUCCAAGGGCAUGUGGGAGAUGUUUGUUGAGAGGCCAAAGAAGGAGGACGAGAAUGCGCCAAAGAAGGAGGAAAAGCCCAAGAAGCCCUUCUUUCCCCAAGACAUCAUGGACUCUGAGUUUGGCUCCGAGGCGUUCCCUGAAAUCCACCCCGAAAACAUGGAGGGCGAAUCGUACAACAUGUGCCAUUUCUGGAGCAACUUCGAAAUCGCCAACCUAAACUGGUUCCGCAGCAAGGAGUACAACGAUUUCUUCGAGUUGAUGGACCGCAGUGGAGGCUUCUGGAUGGAGAGAUGGGGAGACGCCCCUAUCCACUCGCUGGCUGUCGGUGCAUUACUCGGCCCGGAGGAUAUUCAUUACUUCCGCGACUUUGGCUACCGGCAUACCACUAUUCAGCACUGCCCUGCCAACGCCCCUGCACGACAGCUCCCUAGAGAGCCAUAUCUGGAAUUGACGACAGUGAAUGAAAAGGAGCGGAUCGAGGAAGACCGAUACUGGGCGACGCCGGAUCCAGUCAAGGAAAACGGAGUCGGGUGUCGCUGUAAGUGUGACACGGAUAUUGUCGACGUGGAAGGCAAAGAAGGGUCCUGCCUGACCGAGUGGGUCGAGGUCGCUGGCGGGUGGGCAUCGCCCGGCCCAUAAGGCCCACGGCGUCUUCGGGUUGCGUGCUUCUCUACCAGCAUCCAGUGAGCAUUUUGUGGGCGCAUUAGCAUAGACUACUGGUUUCAGUAAGGCGUAUGGUGUUGGCGUUGCAUGGCGGUCGGGCAGCCUCGAAGCAAAAGAUUAGCAGGGCUACGGGGGGCGUUGUCGAUGGGAUACUACAUAUUGGCGCAAAUGCGCUAUAUCCACGAAUACGAAACACGGCUCGCAAACG